CUGUGGGCGGGUUUUGGCCUUUUCCAGCCCCUGGGCCGCCCCCUGCAUUCUGGAAUCCAGCGGUCUUUGCUGGGCUGAUUCUGAGGCUGGCCAGCCAGCCGUCCCCUCUCCUCCCCGCCACCUCCCGUGCCACUUAGCUCCCCUGUUCCAGUUUAUUCCUUUUACCAUGACCACUACGCUGUUCCGGACCCCGGCCGGUCUCUGAGCCCUGGAACCCUCAGACUCCUGCCUGGGCUAUGGCCAACUCAGGUCUCCAGCUCCUGGGCUACUUUCUAGCCCUGGGCGGCUGGGUGGGCAUCAUCGCCAGCACUGCCCUGCCGCAGUGGAAGCAGUCCUCCUAUGCAGGCGACGCCAUCAUCACUGCCGUGGGCCUCUACGAAGGGCUGUGGAUGUCUUGCGCCUCUCAGAGCACCGGGCAGGUGCAGUGCAAACUCUAUGAUUCGCUUCUGGCCCUGGACGGUCACAUCCAGUCAGCGAGAGCCCUGAUGGUAGUGGCGGUGCUCCUGGGCUUUGUGGGCAUGGUGCUCAGCGUUGUGGGCAUGAAGUGUACUCGCGUUGGAGACAGCAACCCCAUCGCCAAGGGCCGUGUGGCCGUCUCCGGGGGUGCCCUCUUCCUCUUGGCAGGUCUCUGUACUUUGACUGCUGUUUCAUGGUAUGCUACCCUGGUGACCCAGGAAUUUUUCAACCCCAGCACACCUGUCAACGCCAGGUAUGAAUUUGGCCCAGCUCUGUUCGUCGGCUGGGCCUCUGCUGGCCUGGCUAUGCUGGGAGGUUCCUUUCUCUGCUGCACAUGCCCAGAGCCCGAAAGAGCCAACAGCAUCCCACAGCCCUACCGCUCUGGACCCUCAACUGCUGCCCGAGAACCCGUUGUUAAAUUGCCCGCCUCCGUCAAGGGCCCCCUGGGUGUGUAAAGUCCAGGUUCCCAGCCAGGCCCUAACCCCUACCACAUCUAGACUCUGUGUUUGUUUUUGUUUUUGUUUUUUUUUGAAAGAGAAGUGAUCAUUCGGCCCCCAAGUGUGAUGUCACUCUAUCUGUUCCCAUGCACACAGGGUGGGAUCUGGGACUAGAGAGGUCAGAGCCAACUCCUGGGGCUACUGAGGUGGGUGUCAGGGCCCAGGCAGAGCUAGCUGGAAGCAGUUAGGGUUCUUGCUCUGUAUCUCUGCCUGCCCCGCCUUGGAGUUUGGCUCCAGGACUUCCAUGACCUGAGAUCAGAGCUACCCUCGGAGGACACCUAAAGCUUGGCCUAGUAAGGGAGCAGAGCCUCAGGGCACAUGGAGGCCAUUCCAUAGGUAGAUUGUUGUAGGCCCUCCCUGGGAGCCUUCCUGAGGAAAAGGAUAGUCUCUGUGAGGCUGAACUGGUGGCUGGGCCACAGCAGAGUGAGGGGACACUGUAGGAGCUCCCUGGGUGAAGAGUGGAGAGGGGCAUGGAAGCAGGACUGCCCUGAGCCAACUCCAAAGCCUUCAUCAGCUGUCACCUUACUUCUGCAGUGACUGUCAGCGCCUCCUCACCCUGAAGUGCAGCCAGGCCACAGGGCUCUGGGUUUCCAAGCCCAGCUAUGACCUUUCAGAAAAAGGUCAAGUCCUCUGAGGAACUGAGGAAAAGCAGCCCAGGCCAGCAAAGGACCAACACAGUCCUUCAUCCUCAGUGCCCGCAUCCAGAGUGUGCUGGCCCCACCCAUCACUCUCAGGCUUCUGCCACCCAGCCCUCUCCCUGGACUCCGGGUCUGUCCCUUUCCUGGGAAGAGGUGCCCACCACUGCCCUUUCCUUGUUUCUCAUAUGCCCUCUUGGCUAGCCAGCUAGCUCCAGCCUUUUCCACUUCUGGUCUGUGACCACAGCUCCCACCAUGUUACUGAAUCCCCAGAUGCCGGCUCAGCUUCUUGCUCAAGAUUGACCAUGCAGCCUUGAGGUGCAAAGACCAGAACACUACAGCUGACAGUGGGGUGGGAGGAGGGGAGCAGAUGACCCAGAAUGGUCAGAUAA